GCAUAAUGUGAUUGAUCAAUUGAUCAAUUGAUGAAUUAAAAAAACUCACUUAUAAAAAAAUUUCAAUCGUCCAUAUUCCGUUGAUUAAAUAAAGAGACAAAAACGUACAUUUUACACAUCGAUAAAUGUAUAUUUAUUGCUAAUGAUAGAGUGAUCGGGACUAAUCGGAAGCAAUUGGAACGUUCGAUCGUUCGAUUUACUUGACGGCUGACACUGCAUCUGUAUAUUCUGAAACUUGCCAUUUGGGGUUCCUGACAUCCCGCGGAUCGUUUUUAAAAAUUUUGCAUAAUUUCGAAGACAACCAGAUGAUCGGAAUACGAGUUUAGAUGGAAACAUCUAUCUGAUGAAUUUAAUUGCGUAUGUACGAAAGGCGUUCGCGGAAGAGCUGACGAAGCUCCGUAAUGUACAGUGGGCCCGUGCCGCAUCAUAACCAAUGACGUGGAUGUAGGUUAGGGUUCUCGUUCACGCUCAAACAAAUCAAAUCGCCAGGUGUUGUCAGGCACAUUUUCUAACGGCAGGCAACUUGUAAAUAAUGUUCGAAAUCACAGACACACAGAAAAUCGGCGUAGGACUGGCGGGAUUUGGUAUCUCCUUCCUAUUCCUCGGCGUACUAUUACUCUUUGACAAGGGUUUACUCGCCAUUGGAAAUCUUUUGUUUAUAACGGGACUCGCAUGUGUCAUCGGACCAUGGAGGACGUUAAAUUUCUUCUUUCAGAGGCACAAGAUGAAAGCUAGUGCCUCGUUUCUAGGAGGUAUUAUCGUAGUACUUAUGGGUUGGCCAAUUGUAGGAAUGAUCUUAGAAACCUAUGGCUUUGUAUUGCUCUUCAGUGGUUUUCUACCAGUAGCGAUAAACUUCCUGCGAAGAGUACCUGUGUUGGGAACUCUGCUGAAUAUGCCUGGUAUCAGUCGAGUUUUGGACAUAAUAGCAGGUGAUUCUAAUCGAACGACCGUUUGAUACUAUAUAUAAUAUAUUAGAGAAACACCCACAUCCUCUUGCUUGAAAUCUGUAUAUAAAGCAGUCGAAUGUCAUAUUUCAUAUUCUUUUUCUAUUCAUUCCUGUUUAAGAAUGACAGCUAAGUUUUUGUACAAAAUGUAAGAAUAUUUUACAUCUUAUGUCAAUGUAGAAAAUUAAGUCAGUAAGAUUAGUAUAAUCAAUUUAUAUGUUUCCAAUUUAUAUACAUGACUUGUAUACUGAUUAUGUCAAGGGUACAAUCAAUUACAUACAACAUUCCAAAAUUUUUUUGUAAAAAUGUUAUUUUUUUCAUCUUAAAAUAUUCAUCAAAAUACUUUGAAUAAUAAAUUAAAAAUACUAUUUUAUUUUAUUAUUUAAAUACUUUAAAUAGUAAAAUAAUGGUCAAAAAAUGUACCCUUCUCCUGAUCAAGUAAUAAAUGUUUUGGGAUAAUAUAAGCGUGUUCAAUGUGUUAUUUAUAACAUAUGUCACAUAUCGGUAUAAAGAAAAAAAAAAUACACUGAAUUUACAUAAAAUCUUUUUAAUAAUUUUCAGACAAAGAAUGUGUGAUCAGUAACCAUAAAUAUCAAUUCAGAAAUGUAUCCAACUAGAUAUUGAAUAUUAAAUAUUGAUAUUAUAUUAACAGAAAAAGGUAUUAAAUAUGAAAAUAAUAUUUACAAUCUUGAAUUGUUAAGUCUCUAUCAAUCUUUAUUAAUUUUAUAAUUAAAUUUCAGAAAUACAAUUUGAUGAAAUUUAUUUUACUAAAAACAAUUUAAAAAUAGUUUUUAUACUUAAACAAUUUCUUUUUGAUGUUUUAGGGAAGAAAAGAAAUUUCCGAAUGUAUGAAAUUUUAUAUUGUUUUUUUAUUGAUUUGCUGCUUUCCCUGCAUGCAUCCUAACAUGAACAGAUGCAUACAUUCUGAGUAACGCUUUUCAUCUCUUACAUAGUCGUCUGGAGUGCGAAAUUAAAUUAUACUGUCCAUCAAAAAUCAACGGACUGGCUGAUUACCAUUAAAAUGAUAAGUUUAUUAAUUACGAAUUAUGAAUUAUCUACAACGGGCCGAGAAUAAGGGCGGGGGGCGG